AUGCCGCGAUUCCAUCACCUUCGAAAGCUUUUUCGUAUAUUAGAGCUCUAUCUGAUUCUCACUUCCCUCUCGUGGGUCUCAACUCGCUUGCUAUUUGCCAUCAAAAUCUACGGCCAGUACUUCUCGAAACUUGUAACCUUCGUCGUCAGUCCUCUCUUUAUUUUCCUUUUCAGCAAUAUAAUUGUCUUAACUCUUCUCUUCAAGUCCGGCCUUCUCUUUCCACAAUAUUCUCAUAAAAGAAAUGAAACCCACAUGGAAUUCUACGAAGAGUUUAUCAUAAACAGUGAUGACAGUACGCAAUUCAUUCAAGAAUGUGUUUCUCAGGCACCAGAACCGGAGGAAAUUAUGUACCAAGAUAAACAAAGCAUUUACGAAGUGAGAAUAAAUAUUCAUCGGAAGAGUCAGUCGGAGACUUGCACGAAAGAAGAAAGUAGAGAGGGUAAUUGCGAAAAGAAACUCAGGCCAUCGGAGACGGAUAAGUGCCGGAAAGUUGUGAACCCUGGCGAGGUUCCGGCUGAGACUGUCAUGGUUGAUGAACUGAGCAACGAGGAGUUUCAAAGAGCCAUUGAAGAUUUCAUUGCUAAGCAAAUCAAGUUUCACCAAGAAGAAAAGUUGUGA